AUGGAGGGCGCCAACGGCUGCGGCAUCCAUGUCGUCUCCCAGCGCAUGGUGCGCCCGUUGACGCCGCCGCCGGCGACGAUGAUGAACGGGAACGGCUGCCAUCGGCGCAAGGAGGAGGUCGAGGUGAUCCACUUGACGCCGUGGGACCUACGCCUGAUCAGCAUCGACUACAUCCAGAAGGGCAUCCUCCUGCCCAAGCCUCCAUCCGACGGCGACAACGACCUCGUCAACGCCCUCGAGUCGUCGUUCGCGCGCGCCCUGCGUCUUUUCUAUCCGUUCGCCGGCAGGCUCGCCUCCGAGGAGCGCGCCGGCGACGGGACCGUGUCAGUGUUCUUGAGGUGCACCGGCGAGGGCGCCGAGUUCGUGCACGCGGUGGCGCCAGAGGUCGCCGUCGCGGACAUCGUCUCCUCGCUGUACACGCCGCCAGUGGUCUGGGAUUUCUACCUCUAG